AUGUCUACCGCUACCGAAGAGUUGGGCUCCAUCCCAAAGCUCGAGAAGAAGCCUGUCAAGUUCAGCAACUUGCUACUCGGCGCAGGACUAAACAUGUUUGAAGUCACUACAUUGGGACAGCCACUGGAAGUGAUCAAGACAACCAUGGCUGCAAACCGGGGCGAUAGCUUCGCUGGCGCUAUGGGUCGGAUAUGGGGUCGUGGCGGGAUCCUCGGUUACUACCAAGGUCUCAUUCCGUGGGCCUGGAUUGAGGCCUCUACCAAGGGCGCUGUCCUUUUGUUCGUCGCUUCGGAGGCAGAAUUCUAUGCCAAGGUGGCCGGUGCGCCCGACUUCCUCGCCGGUAUCUCUGGAGGUAUGGCCGGUGGUGUCGCCCAGGCCUAUGCGACUAUGGGUUUCUGUACCUGCAUGAAGACAGUCGAAAUCACAAAGCACAAGAUGGCUGCGCAGGGUGUCAAGCCCCCUGGCACCUUUGCCACUUUUAUGGACAUUUACCGCAAGGAAGGUAUUCGGGGUAUCAACCGCGGUGUCAAUGCCGUUGCCAUUCGCCAGACUACAAACUGGGGAUCUCGUUUCGGUCUUUCUCGCUUGGCUGAGCAGGCUAUCCGCAAGGUGACUGGCAAGGACGAAAAGGAGAAGCUCGGCGCCAUUGAAAAGGUUAUUGCCUCCAGUCUGGGAGGUGGUCUCUCGGCCUGGAACCAGCCUAUCGAGGUCAUUCGAGUUGAGAUGCAAAGCAAGACCGAAGACCCCAACCGACCCAAGAACCUCACGGUUGGAAAGACCUUCAAAUACAUUUACGAGAGCAACGGUAUCAAGGGUCUCUACCGUGGUGUGACCCCCCGCAUUGGUCUCGGUAUCUGGCAGACCGUCUGCAUGGUGGCUCUUGGUGACAUGGCCAAGGAGGCAGUCGAAAAACUGACGGGCGAUAAAGUCACCGCGAAGCAUUAG